AUGGGUAGAAAGUGUAAAGGAGAGAAGACGAAUAAACAGAGGCUUGCUCCAGAGAAGGAGCGUUUUAUUCAAUGCUGUUCGGAUAUUACGUUGGAAUUAGUUACUUCCUUAAGCAAUGGAUCCACCAGAGAAAUUAAUUUAAAUGGCUUAAUCACGAGAUAUUCUAAGAAGUACAAGCUGAAACAGCAACCAAGGCUGACAGAUAUUAUUACUUCUAUUCCAGACCAGCAUAAGAAGUAUUUACUUCCUAAAUUAAAGGCGAAGCCGGUUAGAACAGCUUCUGGGAUUGCAGUUGUAGCGGUAAUGUGUAAACCGCAUCGUUGCCCGCAUAUUGCUUAUACAGGAAACAUCUGUGUUUAUUGCCCUGGAGGACCCGAUUCAGAUUUUGAAUACUCGACCCAAUCCUACACCGGUUAUGAACCUACAUCUAUGCGUGCAAUUAGGGCCAGAUAUGACCCAUAUGAGCAGGCUCGCGGUAGAAUUGAACAGUUGAAACAACUGGGCCAUUCUAUUGACAAAGUUGAGUACAUUAUUAUGGGAGGAACAUUCAUGUCGUUGCCUAAGGAGUAUCGUGAAGAUUUCAUUGCUAAGUUGCACAAUGCAUUGUCUGGUUUUAACGGCAAUAACAUCGAUGAGUCCAUCCAAUAUUCUCAGCAAUCCCUGACUAAGUGUGUUGGUAUUACUAUUGAGACCAGGCCAGAUUACUGUACACGGACGCAUUUAGAUGAUAUGUUAAAAUAUGGUUGCACUAGAUUAGAAAUCGGAGUUCAGUCUUUGUAUGAGGAUGUUGCUCGUGAUACUAAUAGAGGCCAUACAGUCAAGUCUGUUUGUGAAACGUUUGCCGUUGCUAAAGAUGCAGGCUAUAAGGUUGUUUCCCACAUGAUGCCAGACCUACCAAACGUCGGCAUGGAAAGGGAUAUUGAACAAUUUAAGGAGUACUUUGAAAAUCCAAAUUUCAGAACAGAUGGGUUGAAAAUAUAUCCCACCCUAGUUAUUAGAGGUACCGGGUUGUAUGAACUGUGGAAAUCCGGCAGGUAUAAGUCUUAUAACGCAAAUGCAUUGGUUGAUUUGGUAGCUCGUGUAAUGGCGUUAGUCCCCCCUUGGACCAGAAUUUAUCGUGUACAAAGGGAUAUACCAAUGCCUUUGGUGACGUCUGGUGUCGAAAACGGGAACUUGAGAGAGCUGGCGUUAGCCAGAAUGAAAGACUUUGGAACAUCUUGCAGAGAUGUUCGUACACGAGAAGUUGGAAUUCAAGAAGUACAUCAUAAAGUACAACCAGACCAAGUUGAGCUAAUCAGAAGGGACUACUACGCUAAUGGAGGUUGGGAAACUUUCUUAUCUUAUGAAGAUCCAAAGCAAGAUAUAUUAAUAGGCUUACUAAGACUGAGGAAGGCAUCUAAAAAAUACACAUACAGGAAGGAAUUUACUUCUCAAAGAACAUCCAUCGUGAGGGAACUACAUGUCUAUGGGUCGGUUGUGCCGUUACAUUCCAGAGAUCCGCGCAAGUUUCAGCACCAAGGUUUUGGGACCUUGCUAAUGGAAGAAGCAGAAAGAAUUUCCAGAGAAGAACAUGGUUCUGAGAAAAUCUCCGUCAUCUCAGGUGUUGGUGUAAGAAAUUACUAUGCUAGGUUAGGCUACGAACUUGACGGACCUUAUAUGUCAAAAUAUUUUUAA